AUGAUCGCCACCGGUGGACUACUGCGCAUGAACCGGCGCCAGGAUUCCUUACGUGCCAAAAACCGUGCCGAAAACAAACGCAAGCGGAAAGCCAAAAAGAAGAAAAAGAAUGAUGUGGUUGUGGUCAAAGGAAAGCUAAACCUUUGCUCCCCGGCCGGCCUCGUGGCAGCUGUGGGAAUAUUGGUUUUAUUAGUUGGCGUCUCCAUGGCUGUUUUGGGAUACUGGCCGAGUCAAAACCAACAGGAAUACCAGGAGAGGAGGCGCACUGGGGUGUUCUAUCGAAGCUACGCAAAAAAUCAUGCUACUUCUGCUAAUGUUACCAUUGAGAAAACACCUUUGGACCACAUGUUUAACGCUAGCCAUGCUAAUAACAGCAGCAAUGGUAUCCCGGAGCCAGCGUCGCACUGUGGAUUUCUAUGCGAUUUCCUCAAUAACUACUUAUACUCCGACAAUCUUAAAGUCUUUGGGCCGCUCGUGAUGGGAAUCGGAAUUUUCUUGUUCAUUUGCGCCAAUGCUGUGCUCCACGAAAACCGAGACAAGAAAACCAAAAUCAUAAACUUACGGGACAUCUAUUCCACGGUGAUAGACUUGCAUAGCGUUCGGGCUAAGGAGUACUCCCCGCUGAACGGUUUGGUAAAUUACACACAAGCGAGGAGCGCGGAGGGGCCUUCUAAUCCACAUGCAGCAAGCGGAAAGUUGACCCGAAGUUCUUGGCCGUCUACUGGAAUAGGUUUUCAGGGCGAACUUGGUAGCGAUGAGGUUUUCAGGCGCCCAUCGCUUGUCGAAAGGCCUCGUAGCUAUUCGAGAGACAUCCAAACGUUCACGGAUACAGUUUAUAGCAUCUACAAAGACUACAGCAAUAGCGCGGACCAAACGCCACAACCUAAACCGUGGGACCCCACUUCCAUUGUGGCCUCGUCAGUCAACGCGUUUACGCUACCGGUGAUCAAACUCAACAAUUGCGAGGAUACGGAAGAGUCAGAGAUGCUUGCAGCAGCGGAAAGAGGCUGCUCCGAGGAGGAAGUUGUCAUUGAAACCGCCAUUGAAAUGCAAAGCAAUGAUGAAGAUUUAGAUAUGAGUCAAACCGAAGACACGCUAGCCACCGAUUUGGAUACGUCUUCGGAGCAACCAAACCACAAAGAGGACGAGGAGACUGAUGUCGCAGUUGCGGUAGUGACCUCUGAGCAACAGGAAACGGAAGAGCGCGAGAACUGGAUCCAGCUUUUUCCUCCACAGUCUUCUUGUUCUGUAAAUGUGACCAAAGGAUCGCGGUUAUCUUUGAACUCUCUUACGGGGGAGGGGGAGCCGAGGUUGGUACGUCGCUGUAGCUUGUCUGUAACCGCGGGUCGGCAAGGCGAACGGGCGAGGCGGUUCAGCUGCCCCAAACUCGAACGCUCAAACAGUAAGGGCUACAUCAAAUUGACGGACCUGGGAGGAGAGUCCUUCGAAGCCCCCGAUAGUGAGAACUCUCUGGUGGGAAGUGAAGGAGAUGUAACUGCGGAUACCAAGGUGGACAUAGAAGCUCAGGGAGGGGAUGAAGAACAGAUGGCGGCCAGGGUGUCCUCCGCGGAAGUCUAG